AUGGACUCGAAGCACGUCAACGUCAUCAUCCCAACGGUCAUUCACGACCACCCCGCGUUUGCGCCGCUCGCCGCGAUCGUCGUCUGCGUUCUGUGGUACUACCUCUACCCUUACUUUGUCACCUAUGGUGCUCUGCGCGACAUCCCCGCUCCCUUCCCGGCCCAGUUCACCAACUGGUGGCUGUUCCUGGUUGUGCGCCGUGGCGACCGCUACAAGACCGCCGACCGUGAGCACAAGAGGCUGGGCAAGAUGAUCCGUCUCGCCCCCAACCACGUCUCGAUCGCCGACGACGACGCCAUCAAGCAGAUCUACGGCCACGGCAAUGGUUUCCUCAAGAGCGACUUUUACGACUCGUUUGUCUCGAUCCGCCGCGGUCUCUUCAACACCCGCGACCGUGCCGAGCACACCCGUAAGCGCAAGGUCGUCUCGCACACGUUCUCGCCAAAGUCGGUCCGCGAGUUUGAGCCCUACAUGCAGGACAACCUCCACCUCUUUGUCAAGCAGUGGGACAACCUCAUCGCCCAGGAGCAGAAGAACCCAAAGUCGAACGGCCAGGCAAAGGUCGACUGCCUCGACUGGUUCAACUACCUCGCUUUCGACAUGAUCGGUGACCUCGCUUUCGGUGCUCCUUUCGGCAUGCUCGAGGCCGGUGCCGAUUCCGCCGAGCUCCGCGCUACCCCUGACGCCGCUCCCACCUAUGCGCCUGCUAUUGAGAUUCUCAACCGCCGUGGUGAGAUUUCGGCCACCCUUGGUGUCUUCCCCGAGAUCCGCCCCUUCGCAAAAUUCCUCCCCGACCCGUUCUUCUCCAAGGGUAUCGAGGCUGUUCAGAACCUCGCCAAGAUCGCCAUUGCCCGCGUCAAGCAGCGCCUUGACCACCCCCCGGCCGACGCCCGUAAUGACCUCCUCUCCCGUCUCCAGGAGGGCCGCGACCACAAGGGCCAGGCCAUUGACCGCGAGGAGCUCACCGCCGAGGCUCUCACCCAGCUCAUUGCCGGCUCUGACACGACUUCCAACUCGUCCUGCGCCCUCCUCUACUACGCGACCAAGACGCCCGGCAUCCUCGCCAGGCUCCAGAAGGAGCUCGACGACGCCAUCCCCGAGGGCACCGACGUCCCGACCUUUGACAUGAUCAAGUCGCUUCCUUACCUCGAGGCCGUCUUCAACGAGACCCUCCGCUACCACUCGACCUCGGGUAUCGGUCUCCCGCGCGAGGUUCCUCCCGGAUCCCCCGGCGUCACCAUCUGCGGCCACUACUUCCCUGGCGGCACCGUCCUCUCUGUCCCGACCUACACCAUCCACCACUCCAAGGAAAUCUGGGGCCCCGACGCCGACGACUUCAACCCCGACCGCUUCCUCAACCUCACCGCCCGCCAGAAGGAGGCCUUCAUUCCCUUCUCGCACGGCCCGCGCUCGUGUGUCGGCCGCAACGUCGCCGAGAUGGAGAUGAAGCUCAUCGCCGCCACCUGGGCCCACCGCUACCAGCCCACCCUCCUCCAGGACGUCAUGGAGACCCGCGAGGGCUUCCUCCGCAAGCCGCUUGCCCUCAACAUCGAGUUCAAGCAGCGCCACCGCGCCGCCGCCUAA